AUGUCUUAUAAGGAUAUUUCUCACCGCAAACAACUUCGACUGGAGGCGCAGAUCCCACAUCAGUGGCGUCUGGAAGCUUCGCAGAUUCCACCCGGCCUGCUGUCUCCGGCCGACUCAAUCACGAACACAAGCCAGUAUGAAGCCAUCAAUGUCAUGGACAUUCCUCGGACAUGCGGACUUCUCACCCCAGAUGAGUUGCAUAUUACCGAGCAGUACGAUGUACGCUCCUUGCUGGAUGCCAUUCGUGAGAGGAAGUUGACUGCGAAGGAGGUAGUCCACGCCUUUUGCAAGCGAGCCGCAAUUGCACAUCAACUCACACGUUGCCUCACGGAGCCUGUCUUCGAGCAAGCCCUUCAGCAAGCUCAAAAGCUCGACGACCAUCUCCAACGCACCGGCCAGCCCAUCGGUCCCCUACACGGCCUGCCUGUUUCCAUCAAAGAUUCAUUCCAUCUCACCGGCGUAGACUCCACCACUGGCCUCGCUGCCCUAGCCUUCCACCCAGCAGCCCAAAGCGCUCCGCUCGUCAACCUCCUCGCCUCCCUGGGCGCUAUCAUCAUCGCUAAAACCAACGUCCCGCAGACCAUGGGCGCCCUCGACUCCUGCAAUCACCUGUUUGGCCGGACGCUUAAUCCGCUCAACCGUCGCCUGACCGUCGGCGGUAGCACGGGGGGUGAGGCGGCCCUGCUCGCAAUGCGCGGGUCGAUGGUCGGCUUUGGCACCGACAUUGGCGGUAGCAUCCGGAUUCCCGCCAUGUGCACCGGGCUGUACGGAUUCAAGCCCAGUGCCGGGCGCGUGCCGAUUGCAGGAAGUCAAGAGGCAGGAAGCAUGGCCGGCAAGGGAAGGGUCAGUCUCCAGCCAGUAGCUGGGCCUCUGGCCCGCUCGGUCGCAGAUCUGGGGGUCGUGAUGGCCGAGAUCGUGCCUCGGACGGAGCUCUUUAGUGAGGAGGGGAUCCCAGGCAGAUGGUUUGAUAGUAGCCUUCAAUCUCCCUCUGGCAAACGCAAAAGUUUCACCAUCGGGAUCCUCCGUCGCGAUGGGCUGGUCGAGCCUCUUCCACCUGUCGCCAAGGUCAUCGACGAGGUAGCACAUUUACUGCGCAAGACGCCUGGAGUCAGGGUCGUGGAGAUCCCUGUGCCUCCUGCUCUGAGCAAAUGCCAAGGUAUUGCCGGUCGCCUGAUGGGGGUGGACGGGGGCAACCCGAUGAUGGAUCUGCUGGAGAGCACCGGGGAGCCCUUGAUACCCUGGCUGAAGGGCCGGAUGAAGCGGGGUCGGGAAAUGACGCUCGCGCAGGCAGGUGAGUUGCAGGCACAACGGGCCCAGGUUGAGCGGGAGAUGCUGCAAAUGUGGACCUCUCGCGGGGCGACACCAGCUACAAGUUAUACUCGAGACAUUGAUGCGAUCAUUCACCCGGUCGCGCCGCAUCCAGUGCCGGAAUUGGAUCGGUACAAUGCGGUUGGGUAUACUUCGUCCUGGGUGCUGCUUGAUUACCCGGCGGGCACAGUUCCCGUGCGCUCGUUCAAGGAGGAGGAUCUGGAGCUGGGGACGGAGAUGACGGCACCGGUUCUGGGGAGCUGGGAUAAGGCUAAUCGGCCGCUAUGGAACCAGAAGACUGUGGAUCGCCGAGUGUACUUGGGUUCGCCGCUGAGUGUGCAGGUCAUCACACCCAAGCAGCGUGACUACGAGCUCCUCCAGGCCAUGGAGUUGAUUGAUCGAGUUGUGAGGGGAGAUGCGCAAGUUCCUGCCAUGCUUUGA